AUGAACAAGCUAGCCUGCGGAGACUUUGAGCAUGCGACGAUUUUUCAGUAUCACACCCUGAUUGCAUUUCUGAAUUCCGGAGGCAUUACAUCGGAGGCACUUGUGAACGAAGCUAUGGCCCAAAUCGACCAGGAACCCUCGAGCUCCAAGGAAAAGGCUUGUCGACACAAAUGUGAGAGUGGUCUUGUUUGCUCCGAGCAUGGUGUCAUGAUUCUCAUCGAUGGCAGUUUCGUGGCGAUUCAACAGAGGCAGGUCCUGCGGGAUGAACCCUGGCCACAGGCGGGCGGCUAUGUCGAUGGGGUAGUUGACAAUCGACAGAGCGAUUAUAUCAGAUUCUAUGUCGGUCAAUCGAGGCGACUUGCUGCCCGCAUCGCAAUCGAGCAUUCUGGGGAGAUUUGUAAUCGCAAUAUGAAUACGCUUCACUACUUCGUCCUUGCACAGGGCCAUGGUCAUCGAAGUGCCCGUUUUCUGCGACUCUGGACGGCACCGUCGUUGGAGCUCGCCGAGAGCAGCACGGAAGACGAUAGGAUACUGGCCACGGCGCGAUAUCGACUAUUACAGAAUGUUCUGGAGAUGACCUUUUGCCGGUGUUUCGGGUCUUUGCCCGGCCGAGUUCUUGCUGGCUUCUUCGGGCCUGGAGAUUACGCAAAUGUUGGCUUAAACAACUUGCCACCCUUGUUUGAAGGCUGCAACAUUCCGGCAUUCAUACGCCACAAGUACUCACAGUACCAUCAAGAGUCCCCAGACCCUGACAUAUCGGGAUUCGCCCAAUCUCGGAAAUCACAUUUAGCCAUCAAGAGAAACACGCGGCGCUUUUCGGGGGGCUUGCUGAAGGCAGACUAUCUCCAGGCAAUGGAGCAGCUGGCAUCAAAAGCGAACCUUGACCCCACGUGUUGCGUUCCAUGCCAAGAGUCGUUUGAACUUAGCACAGCACCCGCAGAUGUUGAGGUCGCGAUACAGGAGCUCGACACCAUGGCCGCACUUGAACAGCCUCAGGUGACUAUGCCCCUUGUUGCGCCGAGGGGAAGCUGGAAGGCCAAGAUCGGUAUCGUUAUAAACUCGGAGGCAAUUGCCAUGAAGUCUGACAAACACGAUGCUCAUAUUCAACCUCUCCAUGGCUUCGGGUUGACAGAAAGCAAUUCCCUCACGUGGACGAGUUCACUCCAAGCUGUUGGUUCUGGGCCUUCAAUGUUCGAGAAUCGCCCCGAUCUUUGGGCGCGUAUUAUUCGCCUGAACCAUUUCAUCAUCAUGGGAAGUAACGUCAAGGUGGUGGUGCUGUGUGGAUUGAAAGUUCAGCAUGACGUCCUUUCAGCCUUUCAAACCUCGAACCAACUCUCCGGCCCACAUCGUUUAUGCCUUAGGGAUAAAUCCCACAGCAUAUGGCUCUUGACGGGACACGGGAACAGGGUGUGCAAAGUUCUCGUCACAAGCCCAGAACCACUCGCAUGGUCUUUCCUACAAGAUUACACAAAACUGCGACAACUGAGAGAUGUUUUUGGGCUUGUGCGGGCACUAACGGGUGAGAAUAUCAAACAUACCUGCUGGGAAAAUGCAUGUUUUUUUGCCGCCCUAUUCGCACAACGCCGCAGGGAGAAAGAGGAGGGCAUAGAGCCGCUGACGGCAGGAUCACUUGGCUUAGUUUUUCGUGAUUGGCUGCAGUACCGCGGCUUUGUCGACGAUUACGAUAUUCGCGAGCUUGAGCGUGUGUCAGGAAAUCUCACCCUCGGACUGUUAUGGAUCACUGGGUUCCUGGUCAAUAGAUCCAAGCGACAAGAUGGAGCCAAGAUCUCACGCAACCGUGGGUAUCGCGGUAUAUACGACCCCGAGGCAUACCAGAAGACACAUGAUCUAUUCAAUAGGAUUUACGAAAAACGACUGGCUGCUGUCGGGGCCUUCUACAGCAGGCGCCAGGCAGCCCACACGGCUGAAGCAGUAGAGGAGGAAGAUGCCAACAUGAUUGAGGAUGGCGUGCGCGUCAGUCAGAAUUAUUGCAACGGUGAGAUGAAUAUCGUGGACGACGUGAUGAUUAGCCUCGUGAACGAUCAAGAUUCGGAGGUCAACAUCGACACGAGUGGCAGUCAGUUCGUCGAUGAGACAGAUGGCAUUAUCGAUCUAGUACCCUCCAUACGAAGCAGACAUCUCUCUUUCGACCAAAAUCUGCCGCGAAAAAAUCGGCGACCCGGCGCUUUGAGGGCAGAAAUAUCGUUUCGAGAGUCUCUGAUGCUGAGAAAAUCGCUGAUGGACUUGAUGACAGAAACUGGAAUGGAGCAGAAAGCGACUCGGCGGAUCGAUCAAAAAGUUUGGAGACUGCAGGUAUGCUACUCACUCGUUAGUUUUGCUUUGCGCGGUGAUGAUUGUCAGGAUUUCACCGAAGCACCGCUAUUCGCCAUUCGUGGAAACCUAUCCAAAGCAGGGACGCCUCAUCCCAAUUGCAUUUAUCCUCAGUAUGACGGGUGCAUUUCAAGUGAUCCUUGCAUCCGCUUGGCGUUGCAGUAUCGCCUGAUUCAAGGGAAGACAGGCGAAGGCGUGCAGCAGGCCUGGCGUUGGGCUGAAGUGAGCGAACGAGGGCUCAGACAGGGCUCCGAUGUUGCAGAACGAAUCUCCAAGGCGAACACGUUGGUAGAUCUCCUCGAAGGCAAAACUCCCAAUGCGCUGGUAGGAGUUCCCCGAAGAUCAUUGCUCCGAUGGAUGUACAAUCAUUACAGCGGUGAUCCUGAAGCUACGGCAGAGGAUAAGUAA